CUUAGUAGAUUAGAUGAAAAGUAACAACCUUUGUCAAUAAAAAUGUAAACUUUAUACCAAAAUCAAACUUAUACAUAUAUCUCACCUUCAAGCUCAUGACAGUAAGCAAAGCAUGACUCUGAAGAUUUAGGUAACAAGUAGUAGAAUUCUCCUAACUCAUCCCUAACUACAUACUCUCCACUCUAUAAAUUACAACACCAUUUGACUCCAAACCACCCACAAUCAACUUCCCUCUCUCAUCAAAAAGUCCAAGACACACAGCUAGAAUGUCAAUCUCAAGUCUCUCUCUCUGCUUAAUCUUCCUCACCUUCUUAACCACCCCACUUGUUCUCUCCUCUCGCACCCCUAAAAUGGCUGUAGCAGCAUCACCUUCAAUAGAGAAGAACCUCCAGAAAACACAUGUUCAUCCUCCUUCACUGCCUGUUUCUGAUUCAUCAUCUUCCAUGGCCAAGAUUGAUGCUGAGCCAGCACCGAACACGGCUAUAUCCGGUUUCUUCAGGCAUAUGUUCCCAUUCCCAGGCUGGCCUUUCCACAAGUAUGGUCCUUUCCCAAUGGACAAGCCAGCAAAUCCUUCUGUUACUACAACACCGGCUACUGGAGCUGAGGAAGAUGAAUCUGAGAAGGUGCCUUCUUCUCCAAGCAACGGAAACAGAGAUGGUGGCAACGCUUAAAGACAUUUUAUUAUUUUGAAAA